CUUCAGUUCUCAGGGCGAUUCAAUGGGAAGGUGAACUCAAACCAUGAAGCUCCUGUGAGAAGUGUUUGGACUAAAGCUUCUGGAGAAUACGGGACCCCGCAUUUAACGGUUUUUGGUCGAAUUAAAUUCAUUGAGCUGAAGAUGAUGUCGGACGCCAGCGAGAUGUUGGCAGCAGCCUUGGAGCAAAUGGACGGAAUCAUAGCAGGCUCCAAGGCUAUGGACUACUCCAAUGGUCUAUUUGACUGCCAGUCGCCCACCUCACCUUUCUUGGGAGGCCUUCGGGUGCUUCACCUACUGGAGGACCUGCGGGGAGCCCUAGAGCUGAUGGACAAUGAGGAGAGGGAUAACCUGAGGUGUCAGAUCCCUGAUUCUACAGCAGAGAACCUGGCAGAGUGGCUGCAUGGCCGGCUGACAAAUGGUCACAGCACUGAGGCAGUCUACCAGGAGCGUCUGUCACGGCUGGAGAGUGACAAAGAGUGUCUUAUUCUUCAGGUAAGUGUUCUUACAGACCAGGUAGAAGUGCAAGGAGAAAAGAUACGGGACCUUGACACCUGCCUGGAGCAUCAUCGGCAGAAAUUAAAUGCUACUGAGGAGCUGCUUCAACAGGAGCUGUUGAACCGAUCAGCACUGGAGACCCAGAAGCUGGAGCUGAUGACCGAGGUGUCCAGUCUAAAGUUGAAGCUGACGGCUGUGGAGAGAGAUCACAGGGACAAUGAGGGCUUGUACCAGGAAGUUACGGACCUGCGGUUCAGGGUGACUGAUAUAGAGAAUGAAAGACUGCAGUGUGAGAAGAAACUCAAAGCUACAAAAGAGGAGCUGCAGCUCCUGCAGAGGCAGCUGGAGGAGCGAGAGGCAGAGCUGAGGAGACUAAAGGAUGAGAGCAGACUGAGGACAGAGAGCCACAGCACAGCAGAGGAAGGAGAGAGAGAUACAGAAGUGUUAAAGAUGAAGAUGGUUUUAGAGUCCCUGGCAUCAGCCAAUGAUGAGAAGGAACGAAGGAUAAAGGAGCUUGAAGAGUCGCUUACAAAGAGCAAAAACGUGCAGGAGCUGGUCAAAGAGAAGUUAAAGGAAGAUGACUAUGACGAUAUCCCUGAUGAUCCCUCUCUUCCUGUAUCCAUGGAGGUGGAUCAGGUCACUGUGGCGCUGGUGGGGGAGGCAGGAAGGAGCUCAGGCGAGUCGAUCCCUUGUAUAGCAGUUCUCUCUGAAAUGAAUGAGCUGGACAGAGAACGACAGCAGCAGGCAGCCCAAAGUUCUGCAGAUGUCCCACAGCUUAGCAGUACAGCUAAAACCAGCAGCUCAGAACAGGCCAAAAGUAAAACAGCAGCCACUUUCUCUCCCCAGAACAAAUCAAGUGAUGAUAGUUUUGGUACCAAGAAAACUCGUUCCUCUUUCGGCCGCGGCUUCUUCAAACUGCGAGGAGGCAAGCAGACGGCCAGCUCUCCGAACCUUGCUGAGAUCGAACAUAAAGGCACUGAGCACCUGGACUUGGCUGGUGUUCCUACAAAAAAAUCCCAUGAUGCUCCACAGCCAUCCUCACCAGAAACAAAAAAGAAGCCAAAAGGAUUCAGGAAGUUCUUUGGCAGACUAAAAAGAAGUCACUCUACCUCCUUCAACCUUGAUGAUGCAGAAAUGGAGUUCAGGAGGGGUGGAGUCAGAGCCACAGCUGGACCACGACUCGGCUGGUCACGGGAACCAAAACACAACGCUGUCGAUGUUCCCUUCUCACGCUGGAGUAGAGAUGACGUCUGCGGGUGGCUGCAUGAGCAGGGCCUCGGGCUGUAUGUGGCCCAGGGUCAGAACUGGAUCAAAUCAGGACAAACGCUGCUGCAGGCGUCACAGCACGAUCUGGAGAAGGAGCUGGGCAUGAAGCAGCCACUCCACAGGAAGAAGCUGCAGCUGGCUCUGCAGGCGCUUGGGUCAGACGAGGACGACCUAAAGGGCAGACUGGACCACAACUGGGUGACCAGGUGGCUGGAUGACAUCGGCCUCCCGCAGUAUAAAAGCCACUUUGAUGAGGCUCGAGUUGAUGGGCGCAUGCUGCACUACAUGACCGUGGAGGACCUGCUGUCUCUGAAGGUGGGCAGUGUUCUCCAUCACCUCAGCAUCAAGAGGGCCAUUCAGGUCCUCCGCAUUAACUCAUUUGAACCCAACUGUCUGAGGAGACGACCCUCUGAUGAGAACAACAUCACGCCAGCAGAGAUCUCCCAGUGGACGAACCACAGAGUGAUGGAGUGGCUCCGCUCGGUGGAUUUGGCAGAGUACGCUCCCAAUCUGAGGGGCAGCGGAGUUCAUGGAGGGCUGAUGGUGUUGGAGCCUCGAUUCAAUGUGGAAGCGCUCGCCCUCCUGCUCAACAUUCCUCCCAACAAAACCCUGCUGAGACGCCACCUGGCCACACAUUUCCACCUGCUCAUCGGCUCCGAGGCUCAGCGGCUCAAGCAGGACUGUCUGGAAAACCCAGACUACAGCGUCCUCACUGCCACUGCCAAGGUCAAGCCCAGACGUCUGUCAUUCGGAGGUUUCGGCUCUUUGAGAAAGAAACGCCACGAUGAUGGCGAGGAGUACGUCUGCCCCAUGAAUGUGGAAAUGCCCAAGAGCAGCAGCUUCCAGAGAGGGGUUCGGAUUUAUGAAGAGAACCUAGACCACCUGGAGCAGAUGGAAGACUCUGAAGGCACGGUGAGACAGAUAGGAGCGUUUUCUGAGGGAAUCAACAACCUGACGAGCAUGCUGAAGGACGAUGAGUUUUUCCAGGAGAUCUCAGUCUGCCCCCCGGAGGUCGACACUGCAGAGACAGAAACCUCUGGCUCCAUUUGAUCGAGACAAACUGUGCCAAAAAAAACUCCAACCAAGCUUUGAAGUAUCAUGUGAGGCCUUUAUCAGUGUUUCAGAAAUAAAUACAGCCAUAGACUUUUU